CUGUCGCCACUGUAUUCCGAGUCAGAGAAGUCAGGACGGAGAGGACCAUGCCUGCUGCUGCGCCACCUCCCUUGCAUCACGCAGCGGGGCCGGGGGGUUCCUGUAACUGCCCCUACCCCCGUCAUCCCGAACAUCGAGGAAUUUUUGAUCACACUUUAAGCUGCAUGAGAUCAAGUGUGACUGAGAGAAGACUACAAGAUACUUGCCCACCAAUUGUCCGUGGAGGUUAUGGAAAGCCUUACUUUGGUAGAAAUGGUUUCAGUUCUCCUUUUAUAAAUCUUCAGACUGGUUUCCACACUAUCCAUUCUGAGAACAGCCCAGUAAAGCCAAGGAUUGUCACAGUAGUGAAGCCCUGUGGGCAUGCAAUCAGGAAGAUAACAUUGCUUUUAAAUCGGCGUUCUGUUCAAACAUUUGAACAGCUGAUUGCUGACAUCUCAGAAGCCUUGGGAUUUCCACGGUGGAAGAAUGAUCGUGUGAGAAAAUUAUACAAUUUAAAGGGAAGGGAAAUCAGAAGUGUUUCUGAUUUCUUUAGAGAGGGUGAUGUAUUUAUAGCUAUGGGAAAGGAACACUUAACCUUGAAAACUCUUGAAAUGGCAAUCCAAGAACUUUAUCCUGAUAACCCUUAUACUCCUCUUACUAGGGCUUCAGAAAAUUGGGAACAAGCUCAGAAGCCCAAACACAGAAUGCAUGAAAAAAUGUCUAAGUUAGAAAAGAGCCUUGAACCCACAGUUGCUAGCAAAUGCAUGGAUAUCAUGUCUCCGAAACUAUUUAACAAACAUGACAUAAAAGCUCAUAUCAGAAUCAGACAGGAGGAGAAAUUGAGGCCCAAAAAGAGAUGGAUAAGAGACAACUGGAAUGGAGGACAUGAUGCGAAAUCUACUAGAAAACCUAAAGACAUUGCAGAAUAUUUUAAUGUAGAGAGAAAUUCUGAAAGUGACAUUGAAAAAAGUUCAGAUAACAUUAUCAGAUGUGAGAAAUGUGAAAGAGAAAGACAGCUGAGACAAAAAUUGCAAAAAGAAAGUCAGGAUGAUUUUCCAUUUGAGAAAAGAGACUUGAAUGUAAGAACGUGUAAGAGAUACCAUGUUGAAAAGCCUGCAAAAUUGAGAAGUUGCAGGAAAUUAUCAGAACACUCAGUACAAGAAGAUGAAAUUACAUGGAAGGAAGCUGGUUGUCAGAGUACAUGGACAACUUCACAUAGUCAUACCAGUAAAGAUCUUGAGAGGCAAAAAAGAAGUAUUGACAGAGAUCAGAUCCUGCAGAACCACAAUGAAGAAUUAGGAAUAAUGAAGGCAAAGCCAUUAGAAAGCCAGCACACCAUAGUAGGAGAUACCUAUGAGCUAAAGAAGGAACAUAGAAAAUGUUCUAGAAUGAAUCAGAGCUGUUGGUUAAUAAAAAGUUCUCAGGCUGCUAGAGAGAAGCAAACAAAAAUUCAGGGAGAAAAAGAAGAGGUACAGAAAUUAAAAGAAGGAAAUACUGGAGAUGAGAAAAUGGAGCAGGGGGAGAAUGAACAUGUUAAUCACAAAAGGGAGGAAGAACUUAAAAUCAACAAAGAAGGGAAAAAAAUGUAUAAGUCCAGUGAUGUAAAAUUGAGUCACAAUGUUUCUAGCAGAACAGAUGUGGAGAAUUACUAUGCAAUUGGCAGAACUAUUGGUGAUGGGAACUUCGCUGUUGUGAUGGAGUGUCACCAUCGAAGCACCAAUCAGAUUUUUGCAAUGAAAAUCAUUGACAAAUCAAAGCUGAAGGGAAAGGAGGAUAUGCUAGAAAAUGAAAUCUUGAUCAUCAAGAGCCUCUCCCAUCCCAACAUUGUAAGCUUGAUUGAAGUAUUUGAAACUGAAGAAGAAAUUCACUUAAUCAUGGAAUAUGUCCCUGGUGGUGACUUAUUUGAUGCCAUUAUAGAAAGUAUGAAAUUCACAGAACAUGACGCUGCUCUCAUGAUAACAGAUCUGUGCGAAGCUCUCGUCUAUAUCCACAGCAAGAAUAUUGUUCACAGAGAUCUCAAGCCUGAAAAUCUUCUGGUUCAGCGUAAUCCAGAUAAAACUACCACAUUGAAAUUAGCAGAUUUUGGUCUUGCAAAGCAGGUGACCAGACCAAUAUUCACUGUGUGUGGAACUCCAACUUACGUUGCUCCUGAAAUACUUGCUGAGAAUGGCUAUGGUUUAGAAGUCGAUAUAUGGGCUACCGGUGUAAUACUCUAUAUUUUACUUUGUGGCUUCCCUCCAUUCCGAAGUCAUGAACGAGAUCAGGAGGAGUUAUUUCAAAUUAUACAGCUUGGACAUUAUGAAUUUCUCUCUCCAUACUGGGACAACAUUUCAUCUGCUGCAAAGGACCUGAUAAACCGACUCCUGGUAGUUGAUCCAAAAAAGCGCUAUACUGCUCAACAAGUUCUUCAACACGUAUGGAUCCACACAGCUGGAAAAAACAACAGUAGAAAUCUCCAAAGGGAGGUGACCAUCAAUCUUGAGCAACACUUUCGAAGUCAGCACAAAUCAGAAGUUACCAAAGAAGACUCAUAAAGGAUCAUACCCACCAAGGAUAAUGUUUUUCCAUUUUGUAUCCAUACAAUCUUCUUGCAGAGAUCAAAUGUUAGUGUUUAAGGCAAAUUCAUUACUUCUGUUGGAGCUGAAAACUGCUAAGCAUAUCAGUUUGACUGAUUUUAUGAAUAUCUUUCUUUUCUUUUUUAAAAAUAUCUUGGUUUCAAAAUCUUGUUGUGGUAUGAGUUGCUUAAAAGAUAAACAUUUAAAAAUCCCUUGGGGGCAUAUUACUUUUUUGAAACCAUGUUAUUGAACAUAUCCUUGAUAUUUUAUAUUUUGAAUAUUUAAAAUACUAUAUUUAUAUAUUAAGGAUGAAAGUAAUUUCUUGAACAAAUUAUGUAUAAUGCCAGAGCUUUGUUUUAAUUGUGCAUAGAAAACAUAUUAUACUUUGAGUUCAGAAUGGAGAUUAUGAGAAAAAUGAUUUACUUUUCCUUAUCCAAAGAGAAAGAAAAAGGGAUGAGAUUAAAUAAAUAAAAUGGCCCUCUUCUGUUAA